AUGAAGUCUACUCCACUCCUCUCGGCUGACUCGUUCGACGAGAGGCUGCGCAACGUCUUUUCGCUCCACGCAGCAACCCCAGUGCUAAAUGAAUAUCUUUCGUCGAUCGAAAUCGACGACGACGAUCCCGGUUUCGUGCUGAGCUGGGACUUGGACAACCUGAACGCAUUUGUGGCGGCAGCGAAUGCUCUAAACCCAGCCCGUGCGGCGGGUUGGGUGCGGACACGACCCCCACACAUGACGGCCAAUUCAUUCACAGACGAUAUCGUUCAUGAGCUACAUCAAGUGGCUGGAGGUCGGUGUGGGCGUGUGCUGCUGGCGCCGAAUAGUUUUGAACAGUUUGGCGCCAUUACGCUGAUGAUAGGCGCCCUACAGCAUGAUGAUUUCCUGCAAGACGCUGCUCAGGUUGCACUCCCACGAUCAGUAGAGAACAAUCUCCCACCUACUCGUCGGAACGGUCAGCCAUUGCGUCGGAUCUUCAUUUAA